AAUUCUUUUACUGUUAUCACGUUUGAUGAAACAAUGAUAGAAGAAAGUAACUGGGUUCCUCUUGUAUUCAGUAUACUUGGACUUUUCUUUUUAGUGGCCUCCCUUGUCUUCUUUUAUAGUAAUAUCAAAACCCAACCAUGGUAUGUUUCUAUUGUCAGUGUCAUUGGUUGGUUCUUCCCGUUCUGGAUCGUUCUAUUACUUCCUCUGGAUAUGGCCUCAUCACUUUAUGAAGGUUGUGAUAUGCUUUGUCGUCGUCCAUUCACUUGGGUAUCACAAUCUUUUCUCUAUAUCGCAUGGCGGACCAUUUAUUGGACUUCUUUUUGUUUAACUUGGAUGUUGAUACCUAUGAUGCAAGCUUAUGUAAAUUCUGGUGAUAUCAAAGUAAUCAAACGAUUAAAAUCGGCAGCUCAAGUCAAUAUUCGAUUUUAUAUGAUUUAUGUCAUUAUUGGUAUUAUUGGUCUUAUUUAUCUCUUCUUCAAAGGUGGUAUUACUACAAGAGAAGAUCUUCAAGGUUUUGUUAUGGCAAUGGCGAAUAGUUGGGGUUUAUUUUUGGUCAUUAUGUUUAUGGGUUAUGGAUUAAUAGCUGUGCCAAGAAAGUUAUGGUAUGCUAGUGAUACUAAACGACAUUUGAAUGAACUUUACAAAAAAGCACCACGUGUUAAGGAAGAAUGUAUGGACAGUGAAUUGGAAUUCGAUGAACUUGCAAAGACGAUCAAUGCUAUUUCCCAUAGACCUCUUCGAAAUGACCCAAAUCUUCGACAUAUGGUGGAUGAAACUGUCAAACGAUUUCCUUUUGUUAAACAUCCACACUAUGCCGAACGUGAAUAUAUGACUAACAUUCCUCAGUUGCUUACUGAAGACUAUAUUGUUACUUUGAACAAGAAUAUGAUUUUGGCUGCUAGGAUGAAGGAUCGAAAGUCAGCAUUAUGGAAGAAUCUUCUUUCGGAAGCAUUUUAUUUGCAGGAUAUUGAAACAAACAAAGGAAAUUCUGACAGACACUUUUAUUCAACAUUACGACCACUAGAAGAGCAGACUUUUUGGACAGAUACAAAACUGAUCAUAGAAUGGUGGUGGGUGAUCAUGUUCCGAUCUGUUGUAUAUCGUGGUUUAUCUAUCUUAUUUAGCUUGAUCAGUAUUUGUAUAUUAUGGUCCGAACUUACUUUCAAUGUCAAAUCUCCUGUUGUUUCUAUUGUUGGUCUUGCUAUCAAAGCUUGCGGAUUGAAUUAUGCUGCAGUGGAGGUGCUUUCUUUCUUGAUACUCACAUGGAUGUGUAUUUGUGUGUAUACAUCUCUUUUCAAGAUCCGAUUCUUCAAUCUCUAUUUACUGAUUCCUCAUCAUCAUACCGAUCCAAAUAGUUUACUAUGGUUUACUGGUUACAUGUGUAAAAUGAUGGCACCAUUAUGUUAUAAUUAUAUCAAUCUACUUGGAAAUAUUGAUUCUCAUCAAACUGGAAAACCCAUAGAGACCGUAUUCAGCAAGUUUAUGGGCAAGGCAGAUCUUGUCCCUUUUUUGGGCACUACUUUUAUUGAUUGGUUCCCUGUGGUCAUCCUGAUUCCAGCUUUGUCAGCCUUUUUUAAUGUUUCUUCAUCAAAAUGGUUUAAGGACAAUAAUGAAGCGGAUCCUGAAAAUGGUGGACAACUGAAUGUGGAUGUAGCCGAAGGGAAAGAUCUUGUUAUGGAAGAGCGACGAUUACUAGAAAGAAACUUUAAUCAUGACAUUAGUGCACCUCCUGGAUUACUGGAUCGGGCAAAAAAUGUUUUUGGUGCAUAUUCUUCCAAAUAUGGACGAACCCAGCAAAGUGGACAUGCAGCAAGCUCAUCUUUCAACAAUGAAGAACAUCAUGUAGGCACGCUAGCAUCUUCUUUACGACAGAAACGCGACGAUAGAUUAGAUGCUAUUCUUGGUAGAAGGCCAAUCAAUCAUGUGGAAUCAUCAUCAGUAAACCAUCGACAGACAGAUCAGGGAGGUGAACAAGUGCCUUUGAAUGUGAAAUGGCAAACGUUUGGCGAUAAUAUGAAACAUCGAUUUGGACAGCUUUUUACGUCAACCAAUAACAAUAAUGAUAAUAACGACAAUGACCUUGACAUUGAUGGCAAUAAUCAUAUCAACAACCGAUAUCAUGAUAAUCCAAGAAACUAUGAUGAUCAUCUAGUGACGACGUCCUCACCACCAUCACCACCAUCAUCAUCAUCACCACCACCAUCUACUUUACCCAAGAAUCAAAUCACUCGACCAACUGUGCAAGGUGGAGGACGUGUGUUUGGCCGUGUCAAUAAUAGCAAUACUUCAAGAGCAUCAUCACCGAAUCCAUUCCAGAAAGCUACUACUGCUCGUGGUAACCAAGCUACAACAGUAUCUCCUUUUGCAAGAUUUGAUGAUAACAACAAUAACAUGUCGACAAGUUGAUUAUGUCUCCAUCUCUUUUAUUAUUAUUCCUUUUGUUUAGAUUUAUUAUUAUUAUUCCUAUUUCCUUUUUCUACAUUUCUUCAAAACUAUAAUUAUUUUUGAUAUAAUAUACCUUUAUCCCUCUUUUUCACUUUUUUUUUCUAUAUAUAAUACCUAUAUUUACCAAUAAAGCC